AUGGCUCUGUGUCGGCGUCGCGUGCUGUCACAGCUUCCGUGGACGACUGCCGUUGUGUCUGCAGCAUUUGCCAUCGGGCUGCUUGCUGUGCAUGUGACCUAUGGCUGCGUCGCCCUGGCUGUGUGGGGAUACUUCUUCGGCUAUUCUGUUCUGAGAAGCCAGUCGUCUCCAUAUCCCCUCCGAAUACGUGUAUCCUUGGCAACUGCCUUGCUGGUUUGUACCUCCGUGGUCACAACAGCCGCCUGGCUCUUCCUGGGCGGGUUGGACGGCUGUCGUGCUUUCGAUCCGGAGAUGAAGACCUCAUUCGGCUACAAGUUUGAUCAGUUCUGGACACUUCUGUGCUUCCGUCACGCAGUGAACUGGUUCCUGACGCUGAUUGGAAUAUGCCUAGUACUGGCCGAUCACCCGCAGUCAACCUACAUCCGUGACUGCAUCAGGUGUCUGCUAUAUUUGUACACUAGUCAGAUUGUGUCCACCCUGGGCAACACGUGGAUUGCCUGUGCCGGCGCGGACGAGAACAACGAUGGUGUGAGGGAUUCCUUCCUGGAGGGUUCUGUGAACAUGCAGGAGUCCCUUAUAGCAGGACUACAAGUCUCCGGCAGGUUGUUGCUCGUUCUUUCAGGCAACUGGUUUCUUCAGAUCGUCGUGAAGAUGAUGAGGGCUCUUGAGGCGGCGUUCGAAGAGCCUUUGCCAUGUUUCCGUACCAUCGUCUACCUGAAGUACUUCGUCGUUGCCUUAACGAUUGUGUUACCAGCUGCCUUUCGCCUGCAGCUUCUCUUCUUGCUGGGUUGCUUCACGUCAGCUCUGGCCCUCGCGGUCUUGACUCUUCUGGAAUUCUUGGCACUUCGCGCUCCUCUCCGGGCGCUGCAGCGCUCCCUCUACAGUCGGACCGCGUUCAGCGGGGCUCCCUCGGAGAAGAUGCAGUUUGCGGCGAGCACCCUGCGGCGCUUUCAAGUCGCCGUCCUGCUCAGCAACUCAACCAUCGCCUUCUACGUGUUGAUCACCGCCUUGACGAAUGGCUUCGUCCGGGAGUACAUCGCCCUCACAGCCGUUGACUACAGCGCCCUGCUGAAUGCAGUUGGACUGGCUAUCGGCCUUGCGAUUCUCACCGGCUCGCUGAAUGCCCCAGAGCUCCCGGGGAAGGAGGGGCCCACCAGCUUUGUCGAGCAACAGUUGCAGUGUACCUGCGGCCGCUUCAAGAAGAAACGGUGGUCUCUCCAGGAUGAAGAUGGAGAGCCAGCUACACGGUUUGCAUUUAGACAUUUGUCGGGCAGUCAUACGGUUGUGGGACAUCAAAUGGGGAAGACACUGUCGCAAGUUUCUGCAAUGUCGAGCAUUCGGCACUGGAGUUCGAUCCGGAGCGAAUCUCGCAAGAAGGCCUGUCAGCGAUGUGCCUGGGAUGAGCACGUCAAGGAGAUAGCUGGUCGGCGCAUGUCGGUGGAUCAGCUUCUCGACUUCUAUGCCAAGCUUGCUCCCAAAAGAGCGACGAGUAGGUCGCACAUGGCACAUUUCGACCCAUCACGGUCCACUACGACGGAUGUCGUCCGCCACGUCGUGAUCCCGGAGUCGCGCUGCGGUGACACAGGCAAAGCUUUGGCGGAAGUCGUGCAAAGCUCAUCCCGGACUUGCUGCCUUCCCAGCUCAUCCUCCACAGUGCGCAUGGUGACGCAUCACUGGGCGAACAGGUUUAGGGAUCUCGUCGCAGCGGUCGUUGCGGACAGUUUAGGCCUCAAGCGCUGGGACAGCAUCGCAGAUGACUUGUCCUCUGGCAAAGAGGAGGCCUUGAGGUCGAGGCUUCAUGGCCAAGGGUCACUGCACUGGGAGUACUGGAUCUGCGCAUUCUGCAUCAACCAGCAUGCCAGCAUUUGUGAUGUUGCCAUGGGCGCCCUGGACACCGUUACGGGCGAGCCCUUGCCAACUUGUAACUGCGCGACGCCGAAGUACUUGAACGAUUCUCCAGUUCAGUGCGAGCUGAACAAGUUUGACAGCAUGAUGGCCUACCUUCACCAUCGUUAUCACCAGCGCUUCCUGCAAGUUGUUGCGACUGACAAAAGCUUUAACCUCUUCUCGCGUGCAUGGUGCAUAGCCGAGCUGGUCCAGGCGCACGCCAGCCGGAUGGAACAGCAUGUGGUCCUCCAUUCCCACAAGGAGAUAGAGGAGUUCAACCGCAGGCUUCAGCAGCUCUUACUGGGAUCGGAAGGGCUCUUUGCUGGCUGGAAAGAUGCUCAGGCGCUCCUCUUGGAUGUAGGUGCCAUUGCAGCAAGAGCCAAGACCUCCUUCAACGCCAGUCAGUCUGCAAUCUUCGAAGAAGAUCUUGUGGAAAUCUGA